AUGGAAAGUCCUGAGUAUUGUGAGAUAAGCUCAAAUAUGACUCUUGACUACAUAAACCAACUGUUAAUGGAGGGCACUGAUGAGAAGGCCAGCAUAUACCAACAACUUGAUGCACUUCAGGCCAUUGAGAAGCCAUUUUAUGAUAUUGUUGGACAGACAUAUCCAUCUUCACCUAAGGAGACAAUGAUCAGUAGAGAUACCCAAGUAGAUUGUCCCCAAGACAACUAUAGUAAACAGGCACGCAGUGGUAGUUUUGUCAGUGAUAUUCUAGGGCCACAAGGUAUGCACCUGGUAGCCAAUGAUUGCACUUCUGAAUGUGAUCGCUUGUCUUUGCAAUUUGAGAGAGGUGCUGAGGAAGCAAAUAAGUUAGUUCCCAGUAUCGUGAAAUUGGUUGAUCUGGAUAGUAAUGACCAUUCUGAUUCCAAUCAAAUGAUCGAGGCAACAAUUGGACAAAAGGGCAAGCAUGUAAGCAAAAUACGAAGCCAUCCUCAUGUGGACUUGGAGUUUUUGGAAGCAAGGAACAGUAAGCAUUUGGCCAUCUCGGCUAGUGAAGCAAGCCGGGAUGAAAUGUUUGACACUGUUCUGCUCUGUGAUUGGCAGUUUAAUUGUGAUGCUGCUCAUCUUAGAGAAAUCAAGGCAAAACAAGCAAACAACAGUUCACAGAAUGUUCGGAGAAAAGGAUAUGGCCAAGGGCAAGUGAAGUCAAGAGUUAAGAAAGAGGAGGGGAUUGACCUCAGGGCUCAUCUCAUGCAGUGUGCACAAGCAAUAGUAGUAAACAACCUUCCAUUUGCCAGUGAGCUACUGGAGAAGAUAAGGCGUCACGCUUCACCAUAUGGAGAUGGCUCUCAGAGGCUGGCACUUUACUUUGCAAAUGGUCUUGAGGCACGCUUGGCCGGGACAGGGAGUCUGUGCCCUUUCUCUAGGGUAGCAUACUACUUCUCCAACCAAACAAUGGCUGACCUAUCGAACGGACCACCAAAGGUGCAUAUCAUUGAUUUUGGCAUCACACUCGGCUUUCAGUGGCCAUCACUAAUCCAGAGCUUUGCAAAGCGAGAAGGUGGCCCCCCUAAGCUUCGUAUCACAGGCAUAGAUGCACCUCAGCCAGGUUUUCACCCCUGUGCAAUAAUUGAGGCGACAGGAAAAUGGUUGGCUGAGUAUGCAGAAAUGUUCAAUGUACCUUUUGAGUACCAAGGUAUUGCCUCACAAUGGGAAGAUAUCUGCAUGGAGAAUCUCAAUAUUGACAAAGAUGAGGUGCUUAUAGUCAACUGCAUGUACCGAACAAAAUAUCUUGGUGAUGAGACAGAAGACAUAGACAGUGCAAGGGAUAGGGUACUGCAUACCAUGAAGAGGAUCAACCCAGAGAUUCUCAUUCUUGGCAUUCUGAAUGGGCUCUACAGCUCCCCAUUCUUCCUGCCACGAUUCAGAGAGAGUCAUGAAGAUAGGAUACAGAUAGAGAGGGAUCUGCUUGGGCCAGAAGUACUUAAUGUUCUAGCGUGUGAGGGUGCAGAAAGGAUCGAGAGGCCAGAGACUUACAAACAGUGGCAAGUGAGAUGUCUCAAGGCUGGGUUCAAGCAACUUCCUGUUGAUAAAGCAAUCCAGAAGAGAUCAAUAGAUGAAAAAAACAAGCAUUAUCAUGAAGACUUUGUCAUCGAUGAAGAUAGCAGAUGGCUGCUACAAGGAUGGAAGGGGAGGAUAAUGCAUGCGGUAUCCUCAUGGAAACCGAAAGAAUCAUACACUAAUCAGUAA